CAUCAAGUCGGCAGCACGGCCUGCCCCAGGAUAUAUACGUGCUGAUAACCUAACAGACAAGCGACCUUCUGAUUCAACGCCUGAUCUUUUGCCCAUAAAUAUCGCGAGUGCCCAACAUGGCCAACUUUCUCUGGGGCUUUCUUAGUGCUCGUCGACCAUCAACACUGCGCAACUCCCCAUCAAAACUCCAUACGAACGCUUUCAACCAUUAUCACAUUCUCUAAUCUCCUUUCCCCUGGCGUCUCAGUAUGAGUUCAUCACAUACGGGAGAUGACCCAAAACAUCACAAGUCGAAGGCCUGUUAUUCAGCUCGAACAGCUCGUCAUCACCAGAACCCUUCUGACUCUCAGAACGCAGCCAGCAGAGAAGUCGCUACAUCAGAUUCCGUUGCAGCAACUGCUUGCCUCCCUCAUCACCUCGUCGUGACGGGGAAUAACCACUCGCGACUCGUCUCCCGGGGCAGCACGUACACACCCAGUACAGUCGACUACCACACAUCCCCACACGGACAAGGCUCGACCACCGCGAACGAAUCUGCCACGACACAAGCCUCCUCCCUCGAGGAUCCUCUCCAUUAUCCCUACCAAGCCUACAGUCCGGACGACGACCUGUUCCAUCCCGAUGGCACGUCCUCAUACGGCCCCUUCUGCACCGCAUUUCCCUGCCUCGACCCAACCUGCUACACCCAUCCGACCUCGACCACGAUGCUGCAAGAGUACUAUACCACCGGCACUGGGGCAUACUUCACGGACACCCACAACGAUCCCGACAAUGUCCAUGACCCUCAGUCGAACACCUUCGACCCGCAGAUACACAUUGAAGCCGAGGACGAAUGGCAGUACGAUGCUCCGGCCAGACACUGAAGCAAGCUUAGGAGACAAUAGGGUGAAGUUGUACGAUCGGUGUUGAAUGAUUGGUUAUUGAAAGAACAUUGCGAGGAACUGGAUCAUUGGUACCCGUCGUGCUGCCGCGUACACUGCUGAAGCACCUGUUGGCCCUCUCGCAGAAGAGCAUUUGAGUUCCACUGUUGCCGGCCCACUCACCACACACCAAAAGAGUGGAACAGCAUUGUGACCCCACCCACUACGACGGCAGACUCAGGA